CCGGACUCGAAAUUCAAUCGUGAGUCGGAUUGCAUAAACCCGGCGGAAUCCGCGCACACGCCUGAUAUUCUCUUUCCCUCUCUCCUCUCUAUCGGCCAUUGCGAGGCAGAACGGAAAAAAGAAAACCGUUCGAUUCUUUCCCUGGAAGAGCGCUAGGAUUUGGGGAGAGUAGUCUGGAAUCGGCCAUCGGGAAUGGAGCCGACGGAGAAGGAGCUGGAGGAUCGGCUGAGGGAAUUGGGCACGAGGCUCGCUUCUCCUCCUUCCGAUGUCGACGAACUACUAUGUCUUCUAGAUCAAACUGAAAUCUAUUUGUCAAGGGUGGAACAAUCUCCAUCGACAUCAAUGUCCGAUGCACUGUGCCCUACCAUGAAUUCAUUGAUCACCAAAGAAUUCUUAAACCAUCCAGAAGCAGAUGUUAAGGUUUAUGUGGCAGCUUGCAUUAAUGAAAUCAUGAGAGUAACUGCUCCUGAUGCUCCCUAUAAUGAUGAUUUGAUGAAGGAGAUAUUUGCAAUGAUUGUCGAUGCCUUCGAAAAAUUGGAUGAUAUGUCAGGAUGUUCGUAUUGUAAGAGGGUUUCCAUUCUUGAAAUUAUGGCAAAAGUUCGCUCUUGUGUUGUAAUGUUGGAUCUUGAAUGUGAUGAUCUUAUUCUACGCAUGUUUGAAAACUUCUUGAAAAGCAUAAGGACAGACCACCCUAUCAAUGUCUUUUCUUCAAUGGAGACGAUCAUGACUCUUAUUUUGGAGGAGAGUGAAGAUAUCUCACAAGAACUUCUCAGUUGCUUGUUAUCUAAUGUUCAGAAGUCAAAAAAGGGCGUUAUGCCUGUUGUACGCAGGCUAGCUGAGAAGGUAAUUAGCAAUUGUUACAUGAAGCUGAAACCUUACAUUGUAGCUGCUGUGCAAUCAAUAGGUACCUCCUUGAGUGAUUAUAGUGACAUAGUUGCUUCUAUACGCCAAGACAGUUCUGUUGCACUUGAAAAAAAUGAGGCGGAUGGAAACAAAUUAUCUGAAAAGGCUGUAUCUGAUGCAUUGCCUCAGGAAACUGAGAAGGUGGAUAAACCUGUAAAUUAUCUUGAAGAGGUAGGUGCCUUUUCUGAUAAAGCUAGAAAGGUGCUGAGCAACGGUGUCGUGCCAUUAGGUAAUGGAAAUGCUGUUGUAGAUCCAAUUUCUCCCAAACUUAAGCCUGAGAAUUCCUUUUCCAGUGAGCAAUGUAGAAAUGGAGUCCCCAGUGGUGAGCAUAAUAGUUUAGGCUCCAUUACUGAAAAACCUGGUAAUGAGCUAAAUUUUCAGUCUGUAGAAGAAAAAUUGUCCUCCGUGCAGUUGACAGAUGCUAGUGAUAGUUCUUGGGUAGAUGAUAAAGAAGUUUCUGCUCCCCCUAGUAGGAGAGCUGGAUGGAAGAAGGAAAUUCAAAGCUUGAAAUCUGAUGGUGCGUCUGAUAUGGUGACAGAAACUGAAGUGUUUUUGGAGGGUGAGAGGGAGGCAGAACUUCAGCCGCUUGAGGGCUUGGAUGGUGAUAAUUCAUGUGUUAAUUCAGCUGCUCCUACUUAUAAGGCUCCUGUCAGUGGUCUUCCUAUGAGGAAGCGAGUCACCAAUUCAGAGUUUAGUGAAAAGAGAAGCACAUCACAUAAACCUGCCCCCUCUGCAGAACAGAAAAAAAUGUCUGGACUCACUAUAGUUAAGAAGGAAGAUCCACCGGCUAUUGCUUCCAUACAUAAGGAUCAUUUUCUUGUAAGUGUUUCGGAUGGGGAACCUUCACAGGAUUCUACGAAGAAGUCACUAGCAGACAAUGCUUCAGCUGAACUGGCUGUAACUGGGGUCUGUGAUGGAAAGUCUUUGAGGAAAGAAAAAAUGGAAACUGAAAGUUUGGUCGCUGAUGCAAAUACUUUCGAAAACCAGGGGAAGCCCAAUACCAAUAGGCCAGAGCCCUUAGAUGUCACUGACAAGGAUUUAUCUGCAGAACCGUGUCUGAAGGAAAUGAUGGCUUCGUCCAAGGCUUCAAGGGAAGAACAUAAUGACCAUAAUCGUUGGGUUAAGUUUGCGGGAGGAAAUUUGAAAAAGAAGGGUCGAAGAAAAGCCCCUCGACUAUAUAACUUAUAUUUGGAGAUUAUUGGUCGUGAGAUAGAAGUGUGGUGGCCUGAUGAUAAGAAGUUCUACAAAGGUGUGAUUGAUGCAUUUGAUCCAGUAACUGAGAAGCACAGGGUUGUGUAUGAUGAUGGGGACGUGGAGAUUUUAUUUUUGAGGAAUGAGCGCUGGAAUUAUGUUGAUUCCAAGAAUUUUGAAAAGGAACUGGAAAAUGAUGUUGCGAGCCCAGAAUCUUCUUUACAAGCGCCAAGGAAGAAGCGGAGGAGAGCAAGUUCAGGAAAAAGGAAAUCAAACAGAGAAAGAGGUAAAUUCGGUAGGAAAUCAAAGGAUAUGGAAAUUCAGCAAUCUGUUGAUGGAAAUUCAACCGUUAAAUCAAGAGACAGUCCCAUAGAAACAACUUCAGAACUAGCUACAUCAUUGUACGAGAAAACUCCAGAAAGUUUAGUCAGGGAAGAAACCAAGCUGGAGGAGCCCUCUCAUAUCAACAAUUUAGAUAAAACUCCUGAUGAUACUUCCAUAAUCAAAGAUAAUAUUUUGGCAUCAGGUGGGGACAAAUCAGUUAUAAGAUCUAGGGGUAGGCGAAAAGGUGACUCUUUAGGAAAAAAAUCAAAUACUCUUCCAAAGGAUGAAGGAACUGAGUUUGAAUACCAUCAAACAAAAAAUUCUUUGGAUGAUCCUACUCUUGUAGAUGCUGGUACUUCCACUGGAGCUAAAUUAGAUGGAAAAUCCAAGGAUAGGAGGAAAUUAGCCUUAAAAUCCAGGGUUAACCCAAUAGGAGAAACUUUAAAAAGUAGUAGAAUUUUGAACGAGGAAACACUGAAAACCACCAGCAAUGAGGAUAAAGAAAUCAAGAUUGAAUCUUCUCAAACAAAAGAUUCAGAUAAUACUGUUCCAUAUACUACUGCUGCAUUCAAGCAUGGUUUAAUAAUUGAUACCGAUCAAAAUUUAAAGGGGAAAGAAACACUCAAGUUGGAUAACAUGGCUAUUGAAGAUCCUAAAGGCAGGAGGAAGAGGAAGAGAACUGUAACUACAAUUGAUACAAAUGUUUCUGCCAUUGAAAACUUGGAUGAUCUUUCACAGAGUUCUUCAGCAAAAACAAAUAAAAGACGAAGGAAAUAAAUUGGCAGUAGGCUGCAGAUAGAGAACUGGGCUUGAUUUUCACAGUGGUAAAUAUAACCCAUCCAUCGCUUGUGAGAUUUUGGGUCGUCUAAGGUUUAUUUUUUGGUAGGAAUUUAGAGUUUAGCCAGUCUAUUGUUAGCAUGUUCUUCCAAUCUUUUUUUGAUGGCCUUUGUAGGCGAAUGUGUAAAUGAAAUCAUGUUGAUGUCUUAGAUACUAAUUCAUGCUAACUGUUGGCAUGUAUCUUGUUUUCAUCCACUUUAUAUGCCAUUA